AUGAAACUAAUACCAUUGACUUUCAGCUUUCUUUUUUUCACAUCUGCAUUUGCAAAACAACUUCCUGAUUUUGAUGGCAAAACUUAUCAAAGUUAUUCUCACUCACGUAGUGUUUAUGCAUGUCGAAUGCAUAUUCACAAAACUGUGAAAGAAUGUUCCACCACUGAUAUACAGGAUUAUGGAUGUAUGUGCACCAAUAAAGAUGCCAUCAGUACAUUCAUUCAAUGCUAUGCUUAUUUUCAAAAGAAUACCACUCAAGCUAUUAAUUUUUUCGUCAAGUAUUGUGACAAUUAUGGUAACAUCACCACCAACAUAGACCAAAUCACUGAUGCUUAUGAAGAUUUCCUUAAUAAUGGAUCAGAUACAACAAUUAUACCAACCAUCAACAGUACCAAUCAAAUUGAUUUUAAUUAUUCGAAAUAUGCUUAUGGACUUGAAGCCUCAAUUGAUCAAUUUUUAACUAAUUGGCAGAGAUCAUUUUUCUAUGGAAUGGCCAUGUCUUCUUAUUGGGGGGUUGUAUUACUAUUUGGAACAAUUUCUAAUUGGACCCAAUAUUUAUUCCCAGGGUUAAUGACAGAUCUUACUGGACCAUUUUCUAAUUGGUGGAGGAAAAAUCUAAGUUUGCCGGCUACAUUUGGUUCUAAAAAGACUCAAGAAUAUACAUUUUGGUUUAAAUAUUUACAAGGAUAUAUGCCAUCAAGAUUAGAAUCAAUUAUUAAUAGUGGAUUUUGUUUGGUGGUGAUUAUUGUCUUGUCAAUUAAUACCUAUUAUAGUGUUGGCAAUGAAGUUAUUUUCACUAAUUAUGUUGCUCAAUUACGAUAUCUUGCUAAUAGAACAGGAAUCAAUUCCACCAUAUUAAUGCCAUUUCUUGUUUUAUUUGCUGGGAGAAAUAAUAUCUUACAAUGGAUUACAAGAUGGAAUUAUGGAGUAUUUAUGAUGUUUCAUCGGUUUAUUGGUAGAAUGAUCUUUUUAUUUGUUGUUUUACACGCGGUGACAUUUAGCAUUGCCUUGGGAGUCGAUUAUUACCCGUUGAUGACAUUACCAUUUAUGAUUUGGGGGACAAUUUCCACUGUUUCCGGUGCCAUUAUAAUGGUUCAAGCAAGUUUAUAUAUAAGAAGAAGAUGGUACGAGGUGUUUUUGGGGUUACAUAUUUUGAUGGCAUUAUUUUUCAUGAUUGGUGGUUGGGUCCACAUUAAUUAUUUGGGUUACGAAUGGUGGGUAUUUGUUGCUAUUGGAUUAUGGGGAAUUGAUAGAAUAGUUAGAGUUUUACGAAUGAUAUCUUUUGGGUUCCCUGAAGCUGAUGUCACUUUAAUGUCUGAUGAAACCUUGAAAAUUAAAAUUCCUAGACCAGAAUAUUGGGAACCAAUACCAGGAGGUCAUAUUUUCAUUACAUUUUUAAGAAAAGACUGCUUUUGGCAAAGUCAUCCAUUUACAUUUGCCCCCUCAGUGGAGAAUUCCAACACCAUAGUUUUAUAUACCAAGGUCAAACAAGGUGUCACUCGCAAAUUAUACAAUUAUCUUGUUACUUGUCCUGGAAGGAGAGCCAAGAUUACGGUUGGUGUUGAAGGUCCAUAUGGUGAAUGUUGUGCUGCAGGGAAAUCACAAACAGCAGUAUUUAUUUCUGGAGGAAACGGAGUUCCAGGAAUGUUCUCAGAAAUUUAUGAUUUGGCCAAAAGAAGCACACCCGAUUCACAGAAACGAUUGAAAUUGUAUUGGACAAUUAGAGAAUACCGUAGCAUUCAUUGGUUAUAUGAAGAAUUGAACGAAUUGAAAAAAUACCACAAUGUCGAAGUCACAGUUUUUGUGACAAAACCAGACUCCAACACAUAUAUCAAUGAGUUAAAUUCAAGAGUUAUUCCUGGAAAAUAUAACAGCACCGAUAAUUUUGAUGGGGCCACCACCUCUGCCACCACUAGUUUAUACGAAAAGGCUUCAUUCGAUGACAAGGCAACCAUCGUGGUGACAAAUAGAGAUCUAACUUCAAAAUACGAUCCAGAUUCGGUUAAAGAUGCUAUCAUUGCCCAAUUAUCCCAUGUUUACUUCCGUGAAGGAAGACCCAAAAUAAAUACAAUUAUUAAAGAGGAAAUUGAGGAUGCACAAGGCUCGAUAGCCUUUGUGACAUGUGGACAUCCAGCAAUGGUGGAUGAUAUACGAGCUGAAGUUGUGGGAACGAUUGGUAAAUACAAAGAAAAGAGAAUAGAUUAUUAUGAACAAUUAAUUGGUUGGGCAUAG